AUGGCGCGUCCGGAUCAGCAAUUCGUGAUGUCGGCUCUCAUCGAGAAUGUGCCGGAUAUCAAGGAAAACGAGGAUUAUUUCAGCAAGGAGGAAGAACAUUUCAAUGUUCCCUGGCAGCUGCGCUACCGCACGGAAGAAACCUCUGACGGAGAAGAUCAAGUUUCGAAUAAAUUUUCUCUCUACCUCAAAUGUCUGAAGACUUCAGAUGAUAUUCCAUGGUCUGUUAAAGCCGAGUGUGAACUCUCAGUGAAAUCAGCUAAUGGAAGAACAACUCUUAAAAAGGAGACGUUUGAUUUUGGAAGCCAAGUGGCGAAAACUUCAUUCGGAUGGCCAUUGAUUGCUUGGAACACGUUGAAGAAAGAUUACAUUGUCGAUGGAAUGUUGAAGAUUGAAGCGAUUGUUUCUAUAAAGGAAAUGGUUGGAAUCGAGAAGAAAGCGUUGAAAACAUUCGAUGAGACGAAGAAACAAUACUCGGAUAUGGUGCUCCUGGUGGAGGAUCAGAAGUUUCACGUCUCGAAAUUGAAUUUCCUCGAAGUUCUUCAUGGAGAACCAGGGAUUAAUGACAACACGGUCGUCGGUGUCCUCCAUCUGACCGACAUGUACGAUGCGCCAACUGCACACGGACGAUGCGAGGAGUUUCUUCUCAAAGAAUCGAUGAAAUCGUUGAAGGAGAAGCUCUUCUUAUCGACAAAGUAUAAGUUGGCGAAUUUGAAGAACAACUGUCUCUCAAAGACCCGUUCGAUCGCUGAAAUUCGUGCAGUUCUGCCAGGAAAUCUCGAGGAUUUGGACCAUUCGGUCAUGGCGACUCUCUUCCAGAAGGCGCUUUCCCAUCAAUGA